CAUCAAUCAAGAUUACAAUCCAGCGCCUUUCGCUGCAAUACUCAACAACCCACGUUCGCUAAGAACCCCCCUUAGGAAGUCCUCGUUGACUCCUGUCAUUCGCUUGUUUCCUUACUGUCGCUUUUUCCUUUAUUCUCAUCUUAUUAGUUUUUCGACAUUUCCGCCAUCAAAGGUCUCUUUGAAGAAGUACUUGUCGAGAAAUUGAAGGCGUAGCGAACAAUCCCCCUCCCCCCCCAAAAAAAAACAUCCAGCCAAUACCAGCCAAAAGCCCCGGACUACCUCGCAAUCCAUCGAAAAGCAAGGAUUGGAAUAGCAAAGUGGUUGGCGCUCGAAUUAAAUCGUGGCGGAAGACAAAAGAAUAAAUCAGCUAUUAGCAAGCAAUAUUGGGCUUCAGCACUCGGAAAUCCGCAACCUGCAGACAAAUCUGCGUUAUUUUGCCGCCUUAGCUUGCCACAGUCUCCGCAUCGUCAAAACAGCCCACUUCGGCCCUAGCCGACGGUACCGUCACUCUGGCCUCGUUAUCAGCCGCAAGCUUCCAUCUUCGCACGAACCCCACGACAUCCCACUAAAGUAGGGACUCAAAUCCGCACAAAGCGAAAAGUGACGACGCAGAAAAAGGAAAAGAGAACGUUGCAUCAGUAGCCUCAUUCGUUCGGCUCUGGUUCAACCGCCUCUUUUACUACUCCGCCCUCUCACAUACACUGUGCCCCGGAUCCGCAUCUCACCUUCGGCCCUUCUGCUACUACUUGGCGUGACUGAUAUAUCACAUCAAAGGUCCCUGCAGUUAGCGACAGCCCUGUGAUAGCCUCAUCAUUCGCUCCUCACCUACCUGAACAAGACCGACGCUCGCUACCCUUCCUUGCUGCCUCUGACACCUCAUCGGCGUCACUAGCGGCCUCUUCAUUUCUCUCGUUCCUCUUUGAGCUCUACUUUUUAAUAAAGCUUUUACACAAUGGCUGGUCCUGGCGGUGGCCCUCCUCGUCGCAGCCACACCAAGUCCCGAAAGGGCUGUGAGACCUGCAAACGUCGACACAUCCGAUGUGAUGAGACGUUCCCCCAAUGUCGCAACUGUACCAAGCACAAGAUCAGAUGUCCUUACAACGACAUUCCUAUGUCUGACGAGCGCUCCGGCUCGCCUGAUCAACCCGAUCUUAUGUGGACCCCGGAGUCCAGGGCUGUCAUCGAGCAAUGGCAGAACACGGGUGUCUUUCCCUUCCCGGGAAUGAACAUCUUCCCGGCUCCCAACCCACAGUACCUUUCGACUGAAGACUUGAGGUUGAUACAUCACGUCGCUUCCAUCAGCGAUCAGAUGCUGAGCAUGGAUGCCGAUGGGUUUACUCUAUGGACUCGCCAGAUUCCCACACUUAUCAAGAUUGGCGCUACAACCCCCUACGUCAUGCACGCAUUGCUAGCCUUUUCGGCCAUGCACAUCGCUUUCCUCACAGACUGCCCUCUUGUAGGCAACAUGGCGUACGAGCAUCGCGGCAUUGCGUUGAAGGGUCUGCAGGAAGCCAUCGGCACAUUCUCGAGGGAAACUUCAGACGCGAUCCUUGCGGCUUCUCUGGUGCUUUCUUGGCAAGCUACUGAUUGGCGCAGCUGGACCCAUCUCAUGCAGGGCACUCGUGUGGUGAUGGAGGCAAUGGAGCCUUGGAAGCAUGAGUCCCAAUUUGGCGACUUCAUCGCCGAGAGCAGCACAUUCCCCACUGCGCCGCCGUCGCCCACUCCUGACCACAAACCUAGCCAGCCACACCAAGAGGACAUUGACGCUUUCCAGCGCACACUCCAGCAACUGCAGAAGCUUGAAAGCCACAUGAAGCAGAUUCGGGAGGAUCCCAAGGCGGUCACACAACUGAUCACCUUCUUGAAGGGUGCGCGCAAAGUGAGCCCUGCGUUCAACGUUGCCCAACAGUUCGAGCGUCUCCGUGACCUGAGGACCUGGCUCUUCUGGCUGCCCGUCGACUUCCUUCAGCGUCAGCGAGUUCCAACCGCCAGCUCUCUCCUGAUAAUUGCACACUAUUACACCGUCGCCCUCAUUAUGGAGCGCCUCUUUCCAGAGAUCGGCGCGGCCUACUUUGGCAGCAUGUCGAUUGCCCCCGUCGAGGAGAUUGCACGGCGUCUACUAUCGGUCAACGUCUCGGGCAACAUGAACGAUAUCUCCUCGCCCCUUCCACUGAUGGAGUUCCCUAUUGACACGGUCAAGGAGUUCCGGUCUCGCAUGGGAUUUGCUCACCCGGUUCGCACGCCGUCCUUCCCUCAGUUCGACCCACCCAACUUCUACGUUCCGCACAGCGCGCCGAUGCAGCAGAUGCCAGUCACGACUGCCGAAUACGGGCCUUACGGGACCACACCGGCUUUCAGCUAUAGCACUGAGGACCUGUCCGUCAUUACAGCAGAUCAUCUCAACACCCCGGUAACGGGACCCGCCAGCGCGAUCAGCCCGCUGCAGUUGUCGUCACCGUUUACCAACCAUCAGUACCUCAACAUCCCGAGCCCUUCGUAUGGCGGGUACAGUCCUGCAUCCAGCACAUUCGGUGGCGACUUUAACGACUUUUCUGCCGAGUUUGGUGACAACUCGUCUAUUGGCUACAGUGACCAUGAGGAUUUUGCAUAUAAUGAUAUGGGUUUCGGCACCCCGAUGAUGGGAGGUUCGAACAACUUUGGAGCCGGGACUCCAACUUGCAUGAGCACAACGCCGACUUUUCCGCCCCCGGAAGACCCUCUUGGGAGGUUCCCAGGCCUCGCCCCGUCGCCAUUCUUGAAGCCGGAACAGUUUGGAAUGCUACCUCCGCCGGAGUCGCCCAUACCUGGUCUUUCCGUCCCGAACCAUCGCCAUAAUCUCUCGGUCACUUCGAUUGCAUCCUUCGCCUCUGCACCUCCCUCGCUCUCAGAUUACUCAGUCGACUUUUCCCCUGUGGCAAUCAAACAGGAGAGCCACGAAGUCUGA